UCUGUUUUUACUGUUCACUUCCCAUUCUUUUCCUAUUUCUUUUCCUCUUUCUUCUGCGAGAUACCCAGCGAUACAGCGUCCUGGCCAGCCAAAUGGCCCAGUUCGACCACCAGGCAGCAGGCUCACAUCAUGGCUCGUGGCAGCCCCUGCCCUACAUUCACAGUGGCUUUGUGAUAUACCCCUUCCAUCCGGAAACAUCCCCUCCUCCCACUCCUACGACUGUAGACGGCGGCUCGCUCAGCCUGCCUCCUAUACUACCCCAAAAGGACCUCGAUGUGUUGCCCUGGGCUGGAGGAAGACCUUCAAUAGGCGACUCCUCCUUCCAGGGAAAGAGGAAUGCGUACGAGAUCAAAUUGGAUAUAGGAGACGAGUUCUAUGCUUUCGAAGAAUACCGCUGCACGACGGAUGAGGAUGGAAGAGGGGAUCUGUGGUAUAGAGGAUUCGUCGUUCAAGCCGUUUCUGUCACAUCCCUUGCGCCGACCCCUUCCUCCUUGACAUCAUCUACGCAACCAGCAUCCUUCCCGCGGCCAGAACCUUCGGUCCUUACAGGCAUAUUUCCAGCUGCUGUCUGCCAUGUCCGCCCAGGCAAUGUCAACGACAAUGGCGAGCUCUCGGAAGCCUACGGACAAGCUCUGAAAGCAGCAGAGGAACGGUAUAGGGCAGCUAGUGAAGGUGUCAGUCUGGGUAUGCAGUGGGUCGGAGAGAUGGGUACCGUCAAGGAGGAAGAAGAGGAGGAAGAAAUCUCUUCGCGUGCCUCGCAUGCGCACACCUCGUCUGUUGAACAUCGUGCAGUUGUCGAAGUGAGCUCUGAGGGGAGACCUACGGAAGCUCUGCAUAGACGGCGUUCGUCUUCGCGAGGCAGCUUCUCUAGGCCUAAUCGUCCAAUGUCUUUGGUACUGGAGCAAAAGAAGGAUGAGAUAGAGGAGAAUAAGCCUCAGCCCCCACUUCCGAAGCUGACAGCGGGUGACUCGACCGUCUCUGGGCAGCAAUGGCCCCUGGUAGAUGAGAUUGCAUGUGCUAUUCGAGAGUGGUAUAGCCGCCUUCCCACCUACCUCGCAAAUCGCGAAUACCGACUAUUCAGUACAGUCACCCAGCACAUUGACGCCCUCUUCCUUGGUCGCCGCCAGCUCCUGUCCCAAAUGCUCAGUGGAGACGAACUGAUACGAGUUCGUCGAGAAUGCGUUUCUCGACUCGUCAAGUGCAACGUUGCGCAAGGGCUGGACGUCAUUGUACGGAGCCUGGAAGACGGAAGUGUGGUUGUGGUGGAUAGGGAAAGAGCGUUCAGCGGGACGAGAUGGGUCGGAGGGAUCAGCUGUUAUGUCUACCAAGUGAGAUUGGCGUACAUCGACUUGAUACCUCUCGACAAGGUAUUCGGCAAAGUCUUCUCUUUCCCGGGUGCCGACUCGUCCCCAUCACCCCUAUCGAAACCCUUUUCCCUGGCAGCUGCCAAGACACCAGCCAAAACAGACGAGCCUGCCGGCACGUUCCACCACCUCGUCCUCGACGUUCGCGCCUUUAUUGCCAACCCCUGCGCCCCGGGCGAAACCGCCGAGCUCUACUUUUCUCUCUGGAACAAGUCUGACAAUAGAUUUAUCACGGAAGAGUUUGUCCUCGUUCUCAAUCACCUCGGCAGUCCUGCACGCGAUGCCGAGCAACGACUGGGCCGUCUGCGUACCAUGUUCACCGACCUGAAAGUGGAGGAUUUGGGACCAGACACGUAUCUGGUGUGCAAGAUCGUCAGAAAUGGGGCGUUCAAGAUGAAGUCGGACAAGGCAGAUGGGCCACAUAUACAGCCUCCCACGACGCCCAAACGAACGAGUCUUUAUGGAAUAUCAGAGACUGGCGGUACGCUGCGUAGUCACUUCCAGUCGCCGUCGUCAAUGAAUUUCACGGACGACUCCUUCUCCGUCACCUCUGGGUACGGCCCAGAACUCAAUCGCCCACCGACUAUCGACACCACCAACGGCGCUUCCACGAACGGCCAUUCUUCUCUCGAUUCCAAGCCCAAGUUUAGAAGACCAUUGGGCGUGGCGGUGAUGUUACUUCCGACCUUGAGCAAGUUGAUCAGCGAAAGCUCGGAUGCGAGUGAAGCUGGUGUAGAGAAGAGCGUUCGAAUCCAUAUUCCAAAAGACGAGGCGUCGUUCGCGGGCCUGCAUGAGGAUAUCGUGAACAAAAGAGUGAAACAAUUCGGGACUUCUCCAAGAGCUGAGAGCAUAGUGCUCAACCUUACUGCACUCAAAGGUUCUGCUCCAAACCUCAUUCGCGCUCAACCAUCACUCCUCCAAAACAUCCCCCUCACAUCCCGUCUCUCUUUCCCCGACGUUGUGUUCCCAGACCAGACACGCAGCGACCUCUACAUCAACCUUCUCUCCGCCACUUUUACCCCUGCUCUGUUAACAUCAAACAAUGGAUCUGUGAAAGGCUCGAUAAGAGUGCGAAAGUCUGUCUUGUCGGGUGCUGGAAAUAAUGGAGAUAUCCAAGUUGAAAUGGAAGUCAGGACUUUGGAUGGGACGGUAAUCCCAGAAGGCAUCGUUCCCGGCGGCUCUGGGGAGAAAGGGGUGGAUAGAUGGGAGUCGAUGGUGUUCCACCGCAAUGACCGACCGACCUACAAUGAGCUGGUUAAGGUUUGCCUGCCAUCGCGGCCAGUCGACUACCACCUCUUUCUCACAUUUCGGCAUCGACAGAAGGAAAAGAACAGCUCGGCUGCAGACUUGCUUGAAGGGGAGAAGCCCUAUGCUUUUGCCUACAUACCCCUUUCGGGCGCUAGCUCUGUGGUUCGAGAUGGCAAGCACGAGCUUGUGCUUUACAGGAUGGAGAGAGGCUUCCAACCGACCCCGAACGUCUACUUCGACGCACCAUAUAUUGCUCAGCCUGGCGAGGCUGACCCGAUCUUGCCUUCCUCGGCUGCGAAAACUAUGGUUCCGCUGAAAGACCGAGUGUUGCUCAAGACACGGCUUUGCUCGACGUCGCAGACACAAGACGAUACCCUACGUGAGCUGUUUGCUUGGCAACCAAAGUCAACAUUAGCGAAUGACGGCCUUGACCUCCUCUGCGAGACCCUCAAACUCUUUGCUUUUGUGCCCGAGGAAGAGAUCUCUCACUGUGUACCGAGAACUCUCAACUCACUUUUCGGGAUCCUGGUGUCAAAUUUGGGAGAGAGGCAAGGCGAGGUCAAUGGGUUGGUGUUCAGAGGCUUGAUCAAGGUGCUAUCAAUCACCUCUGAUAGACGCUUCCCAAAUUUCAAGAGCGUCCUCCGCGUGUACAUCAACAAGAUCUUCAGCUUCCCGGCCUCAUCUUUCCACCUUCUUCGAUCGAUGAAAGUGGUGAUGUCGGACCCCGAGGCCAAAGACUAUCGCUCUUUCCUCAAAGUAUGGCACCUAUUCUUCAGAUUCAUCAUCCGCUCAAGAGAGCAAGACCGAGCUCGGGGCAUGGGUCUCGACGCUACUUCGGCGCAUAUCGAGGCAGACUACCAGAAACAGACCAAGUAUAUUCUCACGGAGAUCAACAAUCUCAUGCUGUCCUCCAACAAAUCCCUCAUCGGCACCCAGACUCUAGUCGUCCAACACUAUGCUGAUAUCCUUCCCGACCUGCGACAAGUGUUCAAGCCACUCGAGAUUGCAGAGAUGAUCAUCGCGUUCGCCGACACGCUCGCAUAUGCCAAAGGCAGUAUAGCAACAUACAAAUUGCUACUCUUACUACAAGUGGUCAACAAUCUCUUUGAUACUUCCGAGAGCAGAAGCUUGCUAGUUCCAGCAUUGGUCAGAUGGGUCAAGCCCCAUCUUGGUAGGUAUGACGAGUAUGCGGCUGGGAUGGACGCUAGUGCAGAUGCAAGAGACGCCAUGAGGAUCAAGUGGCUAGAGUGCAAUCGUCUGGCUGUCACGGUAUUGGCGUGGAUGAUCAACGUGUUGCAAGAAUGGCACGUAUCGACAUUGAUACAGGAAGACGAGGGCCUGAAGCGGCAAGAAGAAGACAAUAUAGAAUACUGUCUCACUCUUCUUCCUGCUCUGUUCGCCUCAUACUCAGAGUUGUCCAACCCAAAAACACUUGAAGCGAUUCAUCGCCAACGUUCUUCACCAACCUCACCAGCCAUAUGGAAGCCUACGCCAGACAUAUUUCCCACUUCAGUGCCUUUCGCUCUCGUAUCACAGCUGCCCCCACCGUCUCUGCUGGAGAGACACCACCAGGCCGAAGCCGACGGCUUACCUAGGUCAGAGAUCUUCAAUUGCAGCUUGACAGAAUGUGGAGUGGUCAUCACCACUCUCGUUUUGGCUACACCCAGAAGCAAUAUUGAGCGGUGGUUCAACGAAAUGCUCGAGUACGAAGGGACGGAGACCUGCUCGGAAGUUUUCGUGCAAUUAUUCGACUUUGCCGAGUCCAUAAUCAGCUUCAAGGCGUUUCCUAGCCAAUGGCUCACCUUACGCUUGAUGUGCUUUAGCGGUAUCCUAAAGGCCCUGGAGUGCAUUGCGACGGUACUGGAGAAGCCUGUCUUUGUGCCGCCGCCACCGUCAGUCUCUGACCCCUCAGUCGAAGGGCAAGUGUCGUUCGAUGUUGACCUCUGGAAACGUCUGUUUGGCCUUCUUUGCGACUUUUGUGGAUCUCCCGAGCUUGCUCUCGAGGAGCAGACGCAACAACGGAGACGAGCUGAGUGGAUCGUGGCUGGCGAUUUGAGAGAUGUCGGCGCGGGGCUCUUGUGGCGAUUGUGGAGUGCUAUUGGAUGGCCUGUGGAUAUAGCUGGCUGUGAAGGAUUACGCAUGGGCGGGCAUCAAACCAGAUUCACUGGCCUGGCAAAAGACAUCUUACGGCUCUGUCUAUCGAGCCACGACGCGUUGUGCGGUGUCGCAGUCGAGAUUCUCUUCUCCAUACUUUACGCCGAACAUCUUUUGGAUCAGCAAGAAUCCUCCAUCCAAACAGAGAUAUUUGUCACACUAGACGACUUGUUCAACUCUAAAUCGUCGCCGUCUUCUUCCGACCCCACUAUGCGCGCCUACUUUGUCGCUCAGCUGCGCACUAUAUUCGAGACUACUCCGCAGGUAUCGGCGCCCUUCACUUCAUCUCUCACGAUUUUCUUAUCCCAAGUCGAGCACUUUAUCGACCUCCUUCUGGCCCUACGUGAAAUCCCGGCGACACCACAGUGGAAGGACGAGCGCUCUACUGCCAUCUUCCAACUGAUGGGGUUCGUGUCGAGGAUAGGCAGGAAGGAUCUGUAUGUGCGCUACGUACACGAGCUGGUACAGGUGUGCAAGGAGACAAACGACUGGCUCGGUGCUGGCUUGGCACUCAAGUUACAUGCCGAUGUCUACGAAUGGAAUGUGGCUGGAGAGGCUUGGGUUCAAGAGGGGACAUGGAAGGAGAUCGCCAUGCCGGCACAGAGUCAAUUCAUCAGAAAACAGGGGCUGUAUUACCAUGUCAUGGAGUACUUUGCUUUGGCGGAAUCAUACGAGUUUUCGGUCGACCUCUGUCAAGAGCUUAUCAUGCAGCACCAGAAACUCACUUACGACGUACGCAUUAUCGGUGAACUUCUCCAACACCAGGUCAAACUCUGGGAAAAGAUUGCUUCAGCAUGGCGACCAAAGGUGGAGUAUUUCCGGGUGGCCUUCUUUGGUGACAUACCAUCGUUGGACAAGCGGAAGGAUUACGUCGUGCGAGCUGUUAACGGACAAACCUUUGCUCAUUUCUGCGACAAAUUGCAAGCCAAAUACCGGCAGGCCACCAUCCACCGCUCCAAGAUUCCUCCACCAGAAUCCAUCAAGUCAGGCCUCGACCCCGUCAUCUGGGUCAUGCCCCUUACCCCUGACCCUGAUCUCUCCAAACCCAUAUUUUCUUCCCAAAACGAGGCGCACGUCCCCGAACCCGUCCAGGCAUAUUGGCUCACCAACAAUAUCCGCCGAUUUUCGUCCAUGAGACCGUACUUGAAAGAUCCAGGGGAGAGGGAGGCAGUGUUGACGUGGACGGAAAAGACUAUUGUGACGACGAAGGAGGAUCUACCGGGUCUGUUGGCCAGGAGUGAGGUGAUCAAUGUGAGGUAUGAGCAGAUUGCUCCAGGUGUCAUGGCUACUAUGGAGGUGGAGAGGGCCACGAAGCAUCUGAGAAAGGUUUGCAGAGGGAAAGAUGGACAAUUGCCCGAGCCGAAGAUGCUGGGCACAGCCAUCAACAACGCCGUCGAUUCGCCUCUAAGCGAGGGCAUACGAAAGUACCGUCAGGUGUUUAUCGAAGGAGACUACGCUACCACCCAUCCGCAAUAUCAAUCGCACGUCGAGCAGCUCCAGACUGCCAUCAUUGACUUUGUGAAGGCCGUCUACGACAGCCUGGAGGUGCAUCGCCAAGUGUGUCGAGAUGUCCCGUUCCAUGACGCCCUAAGGACGCACAUGUACCGCUCCUUCCCGAUAGAAUCUGCCGACUUUCCCAGGACUGUAUCAGAAGACAGCCACCAUAUCCUCCCGAGUUUCAGCAUCAACGGCUUCCCUCAAGCCAAACUUCACAGUCCUAUCCGCAGUCCACAGUCGGUCUCUAUACAUAUUAGCCGCGAUUCGGGUGACUCGAUGUUUGACAGCCCGUCAUCGCCUGUGGCAGAACAGAGGUUGUCGGUCAUCGACGCUGCGCUGAGCUGGGAUACGAGCAAGUACCGUCUACCGCCCAUCGCACUAUCGCCCACGGAGAUUGGUGCAGAGAGCGGCAGCACACAGACAUUCCGUGAUUCAGUGUCUACCACCCGCAAUACCCCUACCACCCCCAAACACCACGGCAUAGAUGGCACACCUGCCGAAACGCCCGAGGUCGCUACACCUGCAAGCUCUAUUGGCAGAAGCCUCUCCCGAAGCACCAGCACGCGGGCCAAGAAGGAGAAGCGUUCAUCGCUGACAAUACCGGGUGUGUUUGGGUACGGAGCGGGGAAUAAUGCGAGUGUGACGAGUGUGGGCGCGAGGGCGAGGAACAUGAUGGGUUUCGGGAGCCGGUCGACGAUCAAUGUGGUGCACGAGAGGAUGAGCGAGGAUGAAGUGCCGCCGCUCCCGCCAGCAAAGGAGAACAUGCCGGAGAAGGGGUUGAAGAGACUCGGAAGUAUAAUGAGGAGGAAGUGA